AAAAUUUCUUUUAUCAAUUUUUUUAUAUAAAUAUUUUAAAAGAACUUCUAAACGAGUCAUAUUGGAUUGGGAUUACUUGCAAUUUCAAAGUUUAAUGAAAAUUACAGAAAGCAUUUCCUCUCUCUCUAGAAUUGCAUCUCUCUACUUCUCUCUCUAACUCUACUGUUGAGGUUAGUUUCUUCAUUUCUAUAUGGUAUCUUCGCCGUACAUGGCCGAUCGAUGUCUUCGAUCCUGACUUCUACGCUGCUUCUGCAAUCUCACUCUGCAAAACUGGUUACGAACACACGGAGUCUUGCAAGCAGGGUUAUACAUUUGAUACUACGACUUCUAAGAACCCCUCUACCUGCCUAAACUAGCAAAGCCAUGAGUGUGAAGGAAACUUGUUUGAUUUGUUUUGAAGACAAUGAUGUUGCUCGAAUGCUUUCGAUCGGUACUUGUCAACACAAAUAUUGCUUGCCUUGCUUGAAACAUCACGUCGAAAUAAAUUUGCAAAACGGGAUCGUGGCACAAUGCCCUCAUAAAGACUGUAAGUGUGAGGUGAAUGUCGAUAGUUGUAAGACAUUCUUGUCGUCUGAACUUGCCAAUGUUUUGAUCGAACGAAUCAAGGAGUCUUCAAUUCCUGUUACGGAGAAAGUUUACUGCCCAUUUCCGAGGUGUUCUGCACUAAUGUCGAAACAGGAGGUCUUGGAAAAUACCAAGACUUCUUUUGUUAGUGAGGGAGGCAGGAAGUGCGUGAAAUGUAAACACUAUUUCUGUAUCAACUGCAAGGUUCCUUGGCACUAUGAUAUGAGCUGCUACGAUUUCCAGAGAUCAGAAAUGUAUUCCUGCGUGGAAGACCAAUUGUUGAAAUCAUUUGCGUCGAAGAAACUUUGGCGCCAGUGUUCAAAGUGCAAUCAUAUGGUUGAACUUGAGAGUGGUUGCUACCACAUCACUUGCAGAUGCGGACAUCAGUUUUGCUAUACUUGUGGAGCCGAAUGGAAGAACAAGCAUGCAACCUGUUCCUGCCCUAUCUGGGACGAGCAUUUUAUUAUCAGGCCGUGACAAGGAGUGUGACAUGACAUUAUAUGUGAACAAACACAUGUAAUUUCUAAACCUAUCACCGUUUACGUUUUCGUCAAUCUCUUUUGGUUUCUUUCUUAGGGUAAAAUGUAGUUGUAACUUUUGUAACUUGUGCUAAGAGAAGCACCUCCUAUGUGCUUCUCUUAUCUAUCUGCUUGCGCGGUUUUAUCAUCACCAAGAUCACCCAAUUCUCGAAUUUACAGUCUGUUGUCUAAAUACAUGAAGAUCCAAGUUAAAGCGGUUGUCACUUUUUAGCA